AUGUCUCAGACCAACGGCAACGUCUCUCGCUUCCACGCCUCUUCCACCGAGAAGGCUAUUGCCAUUGAGGAGGAGUACGCCGCCCACAACUACCACCCUCUCCCCGUCGUCUUCUCCCGCGCCGAGGGCAUCAACGUCUGGGACCCCGAGGGCCGCCACUACUAUGACUUCCUCUCCGCCUACAGUGCCGUCAACCAGGGUCACUGCCACCCCGAGCUCGUCAAGGCCCUCGCCGACCAGGCCAGCCGUCUGACCCUCAGCUCGCGCGCCUUCUACAACGAUGUCUUCCCCAAGUGGGCCGAGAAGGUCCGCGACGUCUUUGGCUACGACAUGGUCCUGCCCAUGUGCACUGGUGCUGAGGCUGUCGAGACCGCCAUCAAGAUUGCCCGCAAGUGGGCUUACAAGGUCAAGGGCGUUCCCCAGGAGAAGGCCUGGAUCUUUGGUGCUUCCGACAACUUCCACGGCCGAACCAUGACCGCCAUCACUCUCUCCGUCGACCCCGAGUCCAAGGCCAACUACGGUCCCUAUGUCCCCAACAUUGGCGCUUUCAACCCCAGCACUGGCAAGCCCAUCCGAUACAACAACAUUGCCGAUCUCGAGGAGGUUCUUGAGGCUCACGGCAAGGAGACCGCUGCCUUCAUCUGCGAGCCCAUCCAGGGUGAGGCCGGUGUCGUCGUCCCCGAUGAGGGUUACCUCGAGCAGGUCCAGGCUCUCUGCACCAAGCACAACGUCCUCUUCAUCUGCGACGAGAUCCAGACCGGUAUCGGCCGAACUGGCCGCAUGCUCUGCUCCCAGUGGGCCAACAUCAAGCCCGACCUCGUCACCCUCGGCAAGGCCAUCUCUGGUGGUCUCUACCCCGUGAGCUGCGUCCUCAGCAGCAAGGAGAUCAUGCUCGUCGUCGAGCCCGGCACCCACGGCUCCACCUACGGAGGAAACCCCCUGGGCUGCGCCGUGUCCAUCCGCGCCCUCGAGAUCAUGGAGGAGGAGGACCUCACUGCCAAGGCUGAGAAGCUUGGUCAGAUCUUCCGUGACGGCCUCAAGGCCCUCGACACCCCUAUCCUCAAGGUUAUCCGAGGAAAGGGUCUCCUGAACGCUGUUGUCAUUGACGAGGAGGCUGCUAAUGGCCGAACUGCCUGGGACCUCUGCCUGCUCCUCAAGAGCAAGGGUCUUCUUGCCAAGCCUACUCACGGCGACAUCAUCCGCUUCGCCCCCCCUCUGGUCAUCACCGAGGAGGAGCUCCGCAAGGGUCUCGACAUCAUCGCCGAGGCUAUCAAGGAGCUUCCCACCGUCGAGAAGGCCGCUGGUCACUAA